AUGGUGAAUCUUGGCUGGGAUUAUGGCCCAAGAUCAAGUGAUCUUAUACAUCUUAAAGAAAUGCGAGGUAAUCCAGGUGAUGUUGAAGUUGAAAUCAAAAGGAAAAUUGCACAGGCUCGAGAAGAGACGCAUCAGUUACAAAUUGUUAUUGAACGGACCAAGAAAAAAGUGCAAGAUGCAAAUUUAGCCCAGAUGUCACUCAACGUAGCGUCGAUUGGAAAAGAGGACAUUAAUUUGAAGUCGCAGUUGGUCUUGGGAGGGCAUAAUAACAAAAUAUCGGAUUUUCGUUGGACAUCUGACUCUCAGCAUAUUUUGAGUGCAAGUCAGGAUGGAUUCAUGAUACUGUGGGAUGCGUUUUCGGGGUUUAAAAAAAAUGCAAUACCACUAGAUUCACAAUGGGUCUUGACGUGUGCAAUAAGCGAUAGUGGGAUAUUGGCAGCGAGUGCAGGGCUCACGAACAACUGCACCAUAUAUCGCUUGUCUGAAGAAAAUCGAGUACAGCAGCAAAUAGUAUCCAUUUUCAAGGGCCACACCUGCUAUAUAUCGUGUGUGGAGUUUCUGGGAAACAGUAAUGUACUCACGGCGAGCGGUGACAUGACCUGCGCCCUUUGGGACAUUCCGAAAACCAAAAAAGUCAUGGAGUUUGCCGAUCAUUUGGGUGAUGUGCUUACCAUGGCGAUACCCCCAAAAAACGGAGCCGAUGCAAACGCGAAUAUUUUCGCGAGUGGGGGCAGUGAUGGAUACGUGUACAUUUGGGACACCCGGAUGGUGUCCCCUGUCCAAGCAUUUUACGCUUGCGACAGCGAUAUUAGUACGCUCCGUUUCCUCAAUGGAGGUGAGACAAUUGUAGCUGGUGCCGAUGAUGGCGUAGCGAGAAUGUUUGACAUGAGAUGUGAUUGCGAAAUUGCGACUUAUUCACUUGCUCAGAACUCCCAACAUCUCUCUGGUCUCAAACCGGUUAAGUUCCAUCCGAGAUCGCCAUCUAGCUAUGUGACUAAUAUUCCGGUAUCUCCUGCUACGCAGUCGGUCGGCUCGAGCUUUUUUGACAACCAAGGGAUUGUUUCGCUCGACUUUAGUGGGUCCAGAAGGCUCAUGUAUGUGUGUUAUACUGACUAUGGCUGUGUGAUAUGGGACACAUUAAAAGCAGAGAUUGUAGGACGACUAGAUGGACACACUAGUCGCACCUCAGGCGUUAGGACCAGUCCCGAUGGAAUGGCAGUUUGUACUGGCUCUUGGGAUUGUACACUCAGAGUUCGUUCGCCUAUGUCUCUUUAA